AUGACCCGCCUGGUUCAAUUCCUCUUUUAUUCUCUCCUGGCCUCGUCCGCUGCGCUGGCUACCACUGGUGAUGACCACGAGUCGUCCCAUGCCCUCGUGGACCACGCCGAUGAGAGCUCCCUUCACAACGCUCUUCACCGUUUUGCCAGGUUCCGUGACGGUAUCUUCAGCAGCGACACCUCUGCUCUCGAGGCUCUCAAAACUGAGGAUUCUUCUUUUGCCUCGCGAUUGUUGAAGCUCGCCAAGAGACAGGACAAUUCCACCAGUGCUCCUGCUGCUCAGCCUUCUGAGACUUCUGCCGCUGCUGCUGCUACUUCUGCUGAGGCCACUACCUCUGAGACCGCUGAGACCUCUGAACCCGCUGCAAGCACCACCGCCAACCCAGUUCCGUCCACCACCGCUGAGCCUACCACUUCCAGCGCUGCUUCUUCGACCCAGGAGCCCUCGACUUCUUCCAGCGCAGAGACCACUGAUACUCCUUCGGAAUCUACCACUGCUGCUCCUACUACCAGCAGCACUGCAGCUGCUACCACGACCUCGGAAUCAUCCACGGCUGCUCCCACUACCACUUCUGAGUCUUCCAGCUCCAGCUCCAGCUCUGUCUCGAGCACGCAAGCUCCCACCACUCUGUCGACAUCCGCCAGCUCUACAGAGUCUUCCUCAUCCACCAUCACCAGCUCUUCUUCAUCUCAGCACACCACCCCUUACACCUCAACCUACAAGAGCACUACCACCCUCGGCAACGGCGAGCUGAGCACCGUCACCGCUGUCACCGUCGUCCACCCCGUCCAGACAGCCACUGCCACUGGCUCCGCCCCGGGUCUGCAGACCGACAACGCCGGUUCCUCCACUGGAAUCGCUCGCGAGCUCAUGGUGAUGAUGGGAGGAGCUGCCGUUGUGGCCAUGGCUCUGUAA